AGUCAGCAACGCAGCAAUUCUCAAACAUGCACACCUAACUACAGCUCUUGCAUCUCUUUUCUCAGUUUCUCCAACUAACACUUGAAACUUGUGUGUAUAUAUUUAUGUUUGUGUAACAAAAACAAACUCAUUUCCAAGCUUUCUUCGCCCCCUUAGCGGAUUUCCCCAUAAACCCUUCUUCCUUAUAUACAUAUAUAUCUCCCACCUAAACACACACACACACACACUUUUUAUCAUAUAUAAACAAUAACAAUGGCUUUAGCUUCUCCCUCUUUGAUCAACCCCAUCUUCUCCACCAAACUUAAAUCACAAACCCGCCCAUCUCUCCCAAUCUCUCUCAAAUCUCGCCCAUUCACUGUUUGUAACUCAAUCGCCGUUGCUGCUCCGGCGGCGGCCACGGCGGCAAAAGGGUCGACGGUGAAGUCAGUGAAGGCCAGGCAGAUCAUAGAUAGCAGGGGCAAUCCGACGGUGGAGGUUGAUUUGGUGACUGAUGAGCUUUACAGAUCAGCUGUUCCCAGUGGGGCCUCAACUGGGAUUUAUGAGGCUUUGGAGUUGAGAGAUGGGGAUCAGAGUGUUUAUGGUGGUAAAGGGGUGCUUAAUGCUGUUAAGAAUAUUAAUGAUAUCUUGGGUCCUAAGCUUGUUGGUGUUGAUGUUAGGAAUCAAGCUGAUUUUGAUGCCAUUAUGUUGGAGAUUGAUGGAACUCCCAACAAGUCAAAGCUGGGUGCUAAUGCCAUACUUGGAGUAUCCUUAAGUGUGUGUAGAGCUGGAGCAGGAGCAAAGGGAAUACCCCUGUACAAGCACAUUCAAGAAAUUUCUGGAACUAAAGAACUCGUGAUGCCAGUUCCAGCAUUCAAUGUGAUCAACGGGGGUAGCCAUGCUGGAAACAAUUUGGCCAUGCAGGAAUUCAUGAUCCUACCUGUUGGAGCAAGCUCAUUUGCCGAGGCACUCCGUAUGGGUAGUGAAGUAUAUCACGUACUGAAGGGCAUCAUCAAGGCGAAAUAUGGACAAGAUGCCUGCAAUGUUGGAGAUGAAGGAGGUUUUGCCCCCAAUGUUCAGGAUAAUAGGGAAGGACUUCUAUUGCUUGUUGAUGCCAUUGAAAAGGCUGGUUAUACCGGCAAGAUCAAAAUUGGAAUGGAUGUCGCUGCCUCAGAGUUUUUGACAAAAGAUGCCAAAUAUGAUCUCAAUUUUAAGAAACAACCAAAUGAUGGUGCUCAUGUGCUUGCAGCUCAAAGUCUCUGUGAUCUUUACAUAGAUUUUGUCAAAGAAUUCCCUAUAGUGUCCAUUGAAGAUCCUUUUGACCAAGAUGAUUGGAGCUCGUGGUCUUCGCUGCAGUCAUCAGUGGAUAUCCAGAUAGUAGGAGAUGACUUGUUAGUAACAAAUCCAAAGAAAAUUGCUGAAGCUAUACAGAAAAAGGCAUGCAAUGGUUUGCUACUAAAGGUUAACCAGAUUGGUACAGUAACCGAAUCAAUUCAAGCUGCUCUUGAUUCCAAAGCUGCUGGGUGGGGUGUGAUGGUAAGCCAUCGCAGUGGUGAAACAGAGGAUAACUUCAUUGCAGAUUUAUCCGUUGGUUUGGCCAGUGGACAGAUCAAAACCGGUGCACCAUGCCGAAGUGAACGGCUGGCCAAGUAUAAUCAGCUUUUGCGCAUUGAAGAGGAACUUGGAAAUGUUCGCUACGCAGGUGAAGCAUUCAGAUCACCUUAAGAUGAUAGUAAGCUUUACAUCGUGUUCCAUAAACACUGGACCAUGCUAAUCAUGUUCCCCAAGUUGAUGAAGUUGUACACCUGUACCGAAAUGUUUUCAAGUAACAGAGAUGUUUUCUUAGUAAUCUAAUCGGCUUAAAAUGAUUCAGAGUUGAUUACAUAUCAAAUAGGAAGUAUUUUCAAGUUUGUUGUUUACCAUAUAUCAUCUUUAUUUUCCUGAAAAGUAUUAUUCUGGAGGUCCACACUUGAUUUAAGAUGUAACAAUGCAACUGUCAUAUACCAUGCGUUCUAUGCCUUCCUGUUGCCAUUUCUGCUUUGUAAUAUUAUGAACAAGUUUGGCAGUAGAAGCUGAAAGAGAACGGUGGGUGAUAACUGAUAAGUGCAAUAUAGGUUGAUUUCUUUGCCAGUAUAA